AUGGGGAAGAACAACAGCAAGCUGGCCCCCGAGGUGCUGGAAGAUCUGGUCCAGAACACAGAGUUCAGCGAGCAGGAGCUAAAGCAGUGGUAUAAGGGGUUUCUGAAGGACUGUCCCAGCGGCAUCCUCAACCUGGAGGAGUUUCAGCAACUUUACAUCAAGUUCUUCCCUUACGGAGACGCCUCCAAGUUUGCGCAGCAUGCUUUCCGCACAUUCGACAAGAACGGCGACGGCACCAUCGACUUCCGGGAGUUCAUCUGCGCCCUUUCUGUCACCUCCCGUGGAAGCUUCGAGCAGAAACUCAACUGGGCCUUUGAGAUGUACGACCUGGACGGCGACGGGCGCAUCACGCGCCUGGAGAUGCUGGAGAUCAUCGAGGCUAUCUAUAAGAUGGUCGGCACCGUGAUCAUGAUGCGCAUGAACCAGGAUGGGCUCACACCCCAGCAGCGCGUGGACAAGAUCUUCAAGAAGAUGGACCAGGAUAAGGACGACCAGAUUACGCUGGAGGAGUUCAAGGAGGCAGCCAAGAGCGACCCAUCCAUUGUGUUGCUGUUGCAGUGUGACAUGCAGAAGUAGAGACUGGUGAGGGGCAGGGUCCCUGGCCAGGACAGGCAUGGCACCACCCAACCUGAUGUCCUCUCUGCUGGCCCAUUUCCAGGGGGAGGGGCCUUCCAGCCUCACUCUCUCGGUCACCCACUCCUCUGCCCAAGCCUUUCUCUCCUCAGUCAAGUUCCAUGAGGGACCACCUCAUCCUGCAAAAGAGACGGGUCCUCUCAAGUAGCCUGUCCUCAGAUAGUCUGUCACUAGCUCCACCUCUAGCCUUGGCCUAGGACCAACAUCCUUUGGGCUUAGGGGAGUUGGCUUUUGACCCAAGAGGCGAGGUUAAGGAGGGGGGCUGAGGGCAAUCCUGUUGUUCCCAGGAUUCGGCUCUAAAUAAGCAGUGUGGUCCCACAGGCCCCCAGUCAAAGGACCAAAGUAGGUCUAUCCUUUGCAGAUUCCUUGAGAGGUGGUCUCUGCCCUGCCCCCCUUGACUCUACCUGGCUCCUCUGGCCCCACCCUUGGGAACGUUCAUUGAGUCUUUUUCUUCAGCUAAUGCUUGUUGAGUCCUUGUUCAAUGCCAGGCACCUGAAGGUGCUAAGAAUACGGUUGUUUACAAAAACACAUUCCAUGCCCUCUGAAAGCUCACAGGGCAAUGAGACCACUUCCAAGGGUUGAGGUCUUAGUGGGACACAGCGGAGAUGAGGGUGUAAGGCAGCUGGCAAGGUUUUGGAACAAGUGUGCCCUCCAGCUGUGCCCCCCAGGGCUGCAGAAAGACCAGAUGAAAAGCCUGUGGAAGCUUAGGUGCCACGUGGGUAGAAAUUUUAAGAAAAAUAAAAAUUUAUGUAAUAUUUAUUUUUU